AAAGAUAUAUUGAUUUAAUGGAGCCACCUCCAAUAUUUGGUCUUAACUCCAGUGCAUUUAAUAACAACAAUAACAACAAUAAUAAUAAUUCAAAUUCGACCUCAUCAGCUAGAAAUAGUGCGCUUAGUGCUAUAUCCAAGACAAGUAUAGGGGACAUUAGUCAGAACAUUAAUUCAUCUCUGACAGGGGUUAAUAAUAAUCUUGCAUCAUCAUUUGAACCUAAUUUAGGAGGAACCAACUCAAGAAAAAAUUCAAUGAAUUCAUCUCAAUUUGGAUAUGGUCUUAGUCGAAUUACAAGUUCAUCAUCAUCAUUAAAUUUGAAUGCAUAUUUGACUGAUGAUUCGUAUACCGAGGUAUCGAUGAAAAAUCAUUAUAAUUCACAAAAAAAAACUCAAAUGAGCCAUACCAAGAGCUUUAAAGCUAGCGAUAAUAAUUCAUCAGGAGAGGAAAAUACUAAUAAUGAUGAUACGUUUGUGUUGGAAACACCUCAACAAAGCAAUCAUUUUGAGGGUUUAAAUGAUUAUUUGGAUCGACUUAAUUAAUUAAACAAUUAGUGGGGAGGGGAACAACAUAAAAAAGAAAUAAUAAUAAUAAUAAUAAUAAUAAUUAAUUUAACUGGUUAAUAAUAUUAGACGAUGAAUGAAUAUGUAGAUAGAUAAUUGCAUAGGUGAUACGUAAACCGAUAUAGACAUAUAUAUCACAUAGGAUAAUAA